UGUAGCAUGACGACUUUAUCAAAUAUUAGACGCUGUUUUUAUUGCUAUCAAGGCAUGUGAUGGUACAUAUCAGUUUAUUUGCAUUGAUAACGUGAAGGUUCCAUCGGAUUGUCAAUUGUUCUGACAAAAGCUGAAAAAUGGACACCAGGCGUGUUUUACUUCUGGCAAUAUUUCUACAGUUUGCAGUGGCUGACUAUAAACAAUAUCGUGAAUUUAUCCUAAGCCAGGCAAACAACGAAACUUUGAAUAAACUCUUUGCUGAACACGUCAAAAAAUUCCAAGUGGCCAAAAACCAGCUUAAGUUACCAGAAUUUCCUUGUUCAAAAUACAGUCUGAAAAGGGGAGCCGCAUCAGUACAUAAUUUGGCUCCAGAAGACAUUAAAGUUGUCGCUGGAUUAGGCGAUUCUAUAACGGCUGGUACAGGAAUUCAAGCCCAAACAAUCGUUGGACUACUUAUAGAGUACAGAGGGCUCUCAUGGAGUAUCGGUGGAGACAAGGAGGUGGAAGAUUACGUCACAUUGGCAAACAUCCUGAAAAAGUACAAUCCUGACAUCAAAGGAUUUUCCGUUGGACGAGGGGAUGUAGACAGCGGGAACGCCCACCUUAACGUAGCUAAUCCGGGGGACCAGGCAAGAGAUAUACCAGCACAGGCCAAUUUGUUGAUAGAGCGAAUGAAGAAGGAGCCUGGCGUGGAUUUUGAGAAUGACUGGAAGGUUAUCACUUUGUUUGUCGGCGGAAAUGACCUUUGUGACUAUUGUGAUGACAAGGAGACGUUUAGUACGGCCAACUACAUCGCGCAUAUAACAGAAGCUUUAGAUACCCUACACAAGAACGUGCCUAGAGCCUUCGUCAACGUUGUAGAGACUCUAAACAUCGCGGACAUCAACGUUCUUAAUGAAGGCCUCAUCUGCGAUACAAUUCAUUUCUUUCUAUGCCGAUGUGGCACCUUCCCGUCUGAAAAAGAGAGAGAGGAAAUGCGAGCAGCGGUACUGGCGUACCAGAAAAGUGUUCGUGAUCUCGUCGAAUCCGGGAGAUACGACACAAAGGACGACUUUACCGUCGUUGUUCAGCCUUUCUUUGAAGAAACAGGCAUCCCAAGACUGGCCAAUUCCAACGAGGCUGAUCUAAGUUAUUUCGCCCCUGAUUGUUUCCAUCUUAGUGAGAAGGGACACAAGGCUGCAGCCGAGGCACUUUGGAACAACAUGAUCGAACCCGUGGGACAAAAGAGGUUGAAAUGGACGCCGGAAGAGCCAAUCGAAUGCCCCACUGCCGACAAUCCAUUUUUCUACACUGGUAAAAAUAGCCUAGUUCAGUCUAAUUCAGAGUUCAAUUCUGAGACUCCCGAUGGCGCAGAUUCCGGAAAGACAAGCUCUUCUACCUCCUCAACUGGUGCUAUUAUAGGGGCAUGUUUAGCAGUAGUGGGUGUUAUCUGUGUCGCCAUCUUUAUAAUGAGACGCAGAAACAAAAGCAAGGGUGGAAAUCAGCAAGCAGGAGGUGGAGCAGGGGGUCAGGGUGAGAAAAAGGAUGACAAGGAAAGGAAAAAGAAGUAUGAGCCGCCAGUCCCAACGAGAGUUGGCAAAAAGAAGAAGAAGAUGAAGGGGCCUGACACAGCCAGUAAACUACCACAAGUGACACCCCAUACACGAUGCAGACUUAAACUUCUGAAGUUGGAAAGGAUCAAAGAUUACCUUUUAAUGGAGGAAGAGUUCAUAAGGAACCAGGAAAGACUCAAACCGCAGGAAGAAAAACAUGAGGAAGAGAGAACAAAGGUAGAUGAACUCCGAGGAUCUCCAAUGUCUGUGGGUACACUCGAAGAAAUCAUAGAUGAUAACCAUGCCAUUGUCUCUACUUCUGUUGGAAGUGAACAUUAUGUCAGUAUCCUGUCAUUUGUAGACAAAGACCAACUAGAACCAGGCUGUUCAGUGCUCCUAAACCACAAGGUACAUGCAGUGGUGGGGGUAUUAGGAGAUGACACAGAUCCCAUGGUGACAGUAAUGAAGCUGGAGAAAGCACCCCAGGAGACUUAUGCAGAUAUUGGAGGACUAGACCAGCAGAUUCAAGAAAUCAAGGAAUCAGUGGAACUGCCUCUCACACAUCCAGAAUAUUAUGAGGAAAUGGGCAUCAAACCUCCAAAGGGAGUCAUUUUAUAUGGACCCCCGGGAACAGGAAAAACUUUAUUGGCCAAAGCAGUGGCUAAUCAGACAUCUGCGACAUUUUUACGAGUUGUUGGGUCAGAAUUAAUUCAGAAAUAUUUGGGUGAUGGUCCAAAAUUAGUCAGAGAAUUGUUCCGAGUGGCAGAGGAACAUGCCCCUUCUAUUGUCUUUAUUGAUGAAAUAGAUGCUGUUGGAACAAAACGAUAUGACUCAAAUUCUGGAGGUGAAAGAGAAAUACAGAGAACUAUGUUGGAACUUCUGAAUCAGCUUGAUGGAUUUGAUUCCAGAGGAGAUGUAAAGGUGGUCAUGGCAACCAAUAGAAUUGAAACUCUUGACCCUGCUCUGAUCCGUCCAGGAAGAAUUGACCGCAAGAUAGAAUUCCCACUUCCUGAUGAGAAGACCAAAAGAAGAAUCUUUACCAUCCAUACAAACAGAAUGACUUUAGCAGAAGAUGUCAACAUCGAUGAUUAUGUCAUGGCAAAAGAUGAUCUCUCAGGUGCAGAUAUCAAGGCCAUAUGCACAGAGGCAGGACUUCUGGCUCUUAGAGAGCGAAGAAUGAAGGUCACAAAUGACGAUUUUAAAUCAGCUAAAGAAAAUGUGUUAUACAGGAAGAAUGAAGGAACACCUGAGGGAUUAUACCUGUGAAAAAAUAAACUGUUCCACAGAUUGAUUGAAAAGAAUAAUCUGUUAUGUUAUCAAUAAAUUGUGUCAAGUAUUGUAA